UUGGCAACGCUCUCUUUGACAUACGUGUUCAUUUUGAAGUAUGCUAUGUGUACAAAUCAUUUAUUUUGAACCGUUUUAACAAAUCGUCAAAAAAAUGUUCGUGUUUUUGGCCUGUUUUAGUAUAUUUCAGAGUGUUCUUCUGAUUUCGGUUCAAGCACAACGAGCACCUCCGGGAGUUCCGCCUCAACAUUAUCAAGGGGGUUCGCAACAACAGUACCAACACGUUCCUGUGCAACAUCAGCAAGUACCCAUGCAACAUCAGCAAGUACCUGUGCAACAUCAGCAAGUACCAAUGCAACAUGUACCGAUGCAGCAGCAGGUGCCCAUGCAACAGGUUCCACAGCAAGUACCAGUCCAGCACCACCACGGUCAACCGCAACAAAUUCUAAAUGCUGCCAAUAUUGCACAUGAGAAAGAACAUAUAGCUGAACAUAUGGAAGUGCCUAUUGACACUAGUAAAAUGUCUGAGCAAGAACUUCAGUUUCACUACUUCAAAAUGCACGAUGCUGACAAUAACAAUAAAUUAGAUGGCUGUGAAUUAAUUAAGUCAUUAAUCCAUUGGCAUGAGCAAGGGAGCAAGGAAAAAGCUGGUCAAAUAGAGGACAAGAUCUUCAAAGAUGAAGAAUUAGUUACUCUAAUUGACCCUAUUUUGAAUGUUGAUGAUAGUAACCGUGACGGUUACAUUGAUUAUCCUGAGUUUGUUAGGGCCCAACAAAAGGCUGCUGGUCAGGGCAAACCUACUUCAUAAAGGUAGCUUAGCUUUUGUUUUGUCUGUUAAUUCUACUGUCAGUUUUUUCCAAGAAACUUUUGUCCAUAGGUAAACGUGAUAUAGUGUCAGCGCCUUUGUAUGAUGAUGACACUAUAACACAACUUGUGGAUCAGAUUUUGCAAUUAAUGGAUAGGAAUAUUGAUGGUUUUAUUGAUUACGGUGAAUAUAGACUGUUUUCAGGUAACAAUAAGUAACUUAAACUAUUUGAGACUGUUAGUUUCAUUUUUUUAAUGUGGGUUGUGUGAAUUUCAUUUUGUAUGUAUAUAAUGAAAGUUUGUACAAAUAAAUUCCAUUUUUUAUUAAA